AUGACGCUGACAACAGACAAGGUGCAUGCUGGGAUGGACAUCAUUGACCUUCUUCUCAGGAACACAGAUGAAUCCACCAGUUGCCACAGCAACCCUCCAUGGUCUAUCACAAUCGAUGACACCCUGAGCCCUGAGAAAAAUGGUGCUGAGGAGUUCUUGGACGCCCUGCUGCAUGGGAGUGACUCCUCCUCCGUGCCGGCCUCCCCCCUGUGGUCACCUUGCACCACUGACAGCGGGAUCAAUGAGGACCCCCUGACAGAUCCCACAGACAGCCCUCACCCAACCUCCUGCACGGCUUUUCCAGCCUUUGACAUACAGACUUUCCCUCAGCCUCCGUCCCUGGAGAAACGGCCACCAGCAAAUGAAAAAUCGUCUGAUGUUUCCAUUGAUCUCGGAUGGGAGCAUGAUGACCUCAAUGAGAAGUUCGGUAUUGAAUACUACCUCACUGCAAACCAAAACCCCCUGCUACCAUCCAGUCAUAUGCUCACAGUGAAGGACCUGUUGUUAUCCAACGUGGGACAGAAUGCUUCACAACGAAUCCCUCAGCAUCCCCUGCGGGAGCUUGUACUUAAUGAGGAUGAAAAGAAGCUUCUGGCUAAAGAAGGCAUAAACCUGCCCAGCAGACUGCCGCUGUCAAAGUCUGAGGAGAGGGUUUUGAAGAAGAUCCGGCGGAAAAUCCGUAACAAGCGCUCGGCUCAGGAAAGUCGAAAGAAGAAGAGGGAAUACGUUGAUAGUCUGGAAGGAAGGAUGUCUGCAUGCAGUGCUCACAACCUCGAACUGCAGAGAAAGAUCCAGCAGUUGGAGGAAACCAACAAUGCUCUGCUGGAGCAGCUAAACCGGCUACAGACUCUCCCUCCUAAUAGCUCCAGCAAAACAACACACAAAGGAACCUGCAUCCUGGUUUUGCUGCUCUCCUUCUCUCUGCUCAUUUCCUCAAAUCUGCAGCCAGACCCUUACAGCCAACUCAGCCAGGCGGAGUAUGCAGAGACCAAAGUGUCGUCCCGUUCCCUGAAGUCCGUGGAUGAAGUGCCUCCUCCUCCUCCGCCUCCUCUUCCUCUCCUCUACGUCUCCAGGAGCUUUGAAGCCCUGCGCAACCUGACAGAGAAGCUCUGGCCCUGGACAGAUCUCCCCACAGUAGACCUCCCCUCCUCUCAGCACCAGCAUCACAGGCACAAAGACGAUCACUGAUCUCCCCCAGGAUGAAAGAUGCAGCGAAGGAGUGCGGGCUCGCCUGCAAGUGCAGCAUCCAAAUGAGCAGUUUAAUUGCUUUUUUCGCCGUCUGUUUCUCACUGCAGAGACUGGAUGAGAGAGGUGUUAUGGUGGCACACAAACACACUAACAUCUAGUUAAAAGAGAAAAUCUGUCUCUGACGCAGGGGUCACUGAGGAGGUCACGCCAACACAUGUAAUUUUUCAUUUUCCAUUGAAAAAACACCCCCCAAAAGAGCCUCGGGGACCUGGCGGAUCAUGUAUAGCUU